UCCUAGUCAUCGGUCCCUUUGACUCAAUGUUUUGUGUCUGCACUAGUGGAACAUAGUGUCGUCAUACAGUGGCUGUUCGCAUUCAGUGAACACGAAAUGGGGUGGCGAGGCUGCCCUCGUGGUGUGCUGUUGCUGCCGCUGCCGGAGUCAUCGCCAUAGAAUGCUUUUUGGCGGAAGAACUUCAAGAAUCACCAUCAUCUGAAGCGAGAAUGGUGCGUUGUUCGGUGCUGCUAUCGCUGCCACGAUGAGAUGCUCCCCGAAAAGCAAAGCAAAUUCAGUCAACCGAAUUCCGUCGUAACGGUAACAUCGCGAUAUUUUUCAAUGUCGUCACGAACGAUCUGAGAUACGACCGUUAGAUUCUUUGUACUGCAAUUAACGAAAAGGAUAUAAAAUAAGCGAGGAUUAAUCGACUGUUUUGGAGGAGAGAAAGUGCACAUAAAAUUAAAAUUUAUUUGGUUGGUGGAAAAUGGAAAUCAAUAAAAAAUUUAAUUUUCUUCUCAACUUCCUAUAAAUUCAAGUCUCGAGUCUGGUCUCCAUAGAAAAUAGAAAGUGAAUUUAAAUCGCUACAUAAAUUUUAAAUCUUUUCCAAUUUGAUUUUUAAAUUUGCCAACUUUCAAGUUAGUGUUUGUGCUAUUGCUGAACGCAUGAUCGUCGCUAGAUCUGCGGUGACAUCCUUGAAGCAUCGCGUCUGUACCGAAAUAACAAAACAAAAUCUUUCCGCACUGAAAGUAUCUUGUCUUUGUAUCUUUUACUGAAAUUUCGCUCGUAAAGAUACAAACACCGGCCAUUCUAAAAAUACCUGAGAAUGAUCAUGGUGUAGGUUGCUUUCUUUUGGGCUGCUCCACCGGAAAGUAUACGUGAGAGGAUCAGAAGAUCAGACCCCGACAACAACAAAAGCAGCCACGACACUAACAAAUCGCGACAUUGUGUUCAAUGCGCACGCGACCAACGAUCUUUUCUUGAAGAGGAAAUUGCAUUUUUGCGGAAUAUCAAAGAAACUCGAAAAUAACUUGUGGAGGAGAAAGUAAUUUGGAUUUUUGUUCUUGUUUCGAUUGUGUAUUGAAAGGAAAUUGAAAUUUGUUUGGGUUUAUUUCACGUGCUUUGAGCCGGUGCAGGCACGAGUGAAGGAAGUUCUUUCUCAUGGGAGAACGGGGAUGGCGCGCGUGAGGAUCGGAGUUUUCGCGAGUGAUCACAAAGGUUAAAUCUACCUCACGGGGUGAAUGCAGUGAUAAAUUCCGAUGAAGCGGGUCAGUGUCGCAAGGUCGCAGUGAUUUACUCUCUCCUCCUUAUGCUAAAAGAAAUAUUUUUUGCGGAUUUGGUCCGAUGUCCGAAUAAAUUUAAAUAAAUAAAUAAUAAAUAACACCUUCAAGAAUAAACUCGGAAUAAAUAAGAGCCAUUUUAUUAACCCGUUAAAAAUCCAAUAUUUAGCUUCGCCUGCUUCCAAGGGAAGGUGCCAAAAAGACACUACAAUAUCUUUGGUGAUCCCCAACGCUGCCAGCAUCUCGAACCGCGUGGUGGGCUAGUGAUCGCGCUGUGAUUCGCUCAAAGAGCCAAUGAUCGUGACAAACGAUCUAAAUUGAAUUCAAUUUGAUUUUUGAUUACAAAGUCACCCUACAAGGGUGUCUGUGUCUAUCAAGAAUUCCGGGAGUAUCAUCAAGUUGUGUUACAUGCGUACAUAUAACGUAGAUAGUUGAAUGUAUCUUAGAGUUCCCCGAUCUUGAACGUUCCUCGCGUCACGCUUGGCCGCCCAAUUUCAAAUUCAAGGCGAUCAAUUGAUUAAUUGAAGAAGAAAUGCGGGAUCUUGCCUUCUGCCGCUGAUGAUCAUCAUCUAGAUUCUACUUUUUUCCGGGUCCCUCGGUCUAAAUUGAAAAUUUAUUGGCUCGUUUUUUCGGUACGUGUGUGCCUCUUGAGUUAAUUACCGGCCAUUGAAGUGAAGUUAAUAGUUGUAUCUGAUUUGUAUACACAAGUUUUUAUAGUGCGGCGGGGGCUUAAAAAGUGGACUCGGUCAGUCUAACUCGGCAGUUUUUAGUGAUACAUUUUUCAUUUUUUUUGUCUUGAUCCGAAGUGAGUGAAACUGAAUAGUCUUCUAGAGGAGGAGAAGACAAGCAGAAAAUAUAUGCACGACUUUGAGCUGGGAAAACACUAAUAAAUGCGCAACAUCAGGUGUUACAUGGAUUGCUAUGAUGAAAAUUAAUUAGAUACUUCCAUGAAGGACGAUACCAGCAGGACAACCCGCAAAGCAAAUAAAAUGAAAUAAAAUUCCACGGAGUCGAGUUCGCUGCAGAGGAGUCCACGAUUGACCGAGCCAAAUAUUAAUUGGGAUUUUAAUCGAAGGAAAUAGAAUGAAAAAUGCAUUUAUGUCAACCACGAGAUAUUUCAAUUAUUUUUUCGAGGCUUUGUUUUGAAACGCGAAAUAUAUUUCCCUAGAAUUUUUCAUUAAGCUCCGUUGUCAAAAUAUAGAUUGUUAUGGCGAUAAAUUUAUGGAUGAAUUUUUUUAGGUUGAACUUGUAAAUUGUUAAAUUGUUGUUAAGUAGUCACCAGGGGAACGUGUGUGUGUAUAUCAGGACGUUUGGUGUUUAAUUUUAAACGAAAAUUCAGAUGCAAGAAGCUUUAAUUUCACUAGGAAGUCAAUAGUUGAGCGUUGUAGGUAGGCUGAAGAAUAAGGACCUUAGGGGUGGACUGAGAAAAUAGAAUUCUAGCCCAGAAUCAGAUUCAGUUCAUUCGAAGAACAAUAAUAAGAAUGAGAUAUAAAUGCGGAUCUAGGAUAAUCAAAAUCAACCGAUGAUUGACGUGAAUAUAACCAGUAAUUUGAAUAGCUACAACAUUGAUGACUAUAACGGUAGUGGCAGUAGUAGCUUGGCAACGGUGAUCGCCAAUGCGUCCGUCUAUGCAGCGACAAACCUGCUCCUGGGCAACAGUAGCGACGAUCAGGUGACAGACGGUGAUAUUCUAUCCACCAUCAAUGGAUCAUUCUACGAUGCCGACAGGACUAAUUUCACCUUCGACUUCAACCACACGAUCGAGCACAGUAUCCGGAAUAACGGUAAUGGCGCGACAUGCCUUAAUGCCUUUGAUCCGACCCAGAAGCUAACAGAGUUUGAGUUCUGGGUGAGCGGGGUGAUCCUCAACUUCGUGGGGCUGUUAGGUAUCCUGGGCAAUAUCCUAUCAAUGGUGAUAUUGUCGCGACCGCAGAUGCGAUCCAGCAUCAACUACUUGCUGAUAGGGCUGGCGAGAUGCGACACCGUCUUGAUCAUAACUUCCAUGCUAUUGUUCGGUAUCCCGGCUAUCUACCCGUACACAGGAUAUUUAUUCUAUUACUACUACUAUAUAUAUCCAAACAUAUCGCCAUGUGUUUACCCGAUAGCAAUGGCGUCCCAGACAGCUAGCGUUUACUUGACCUUCACGGUGACCCUGGAACGUUACGUGGCCGUCUGCCACCCCCUUAAGGCACGCGCCCUUUGUACGUACGGCCGGGCCAAAAUAUAUUUUAUCGUUUGUCUUAUUUUCGCGUUGCUCUACAAUUUGCCCCGUUUCUGGGAGGUUAUCGUGGUCACGCACGUGCAAAGCGAUAACGAUGUGAUAUUUUGCGUAACGGCCUCAAGUCUUCGGAGAAACUCGGAUUAUAUCCGGGUGUAUAUACAUUGGUGUUAUUUGUUUUUUAUUUAUUUCAUCCCGUUCUUUAGCUUAGCCGUGCUGAAUUGCCUCAUCUACCGCCAGGUGCAGAAGGCCAACCGCGAACGACAGCGACUCAGUCGGACGGAGAGGCGGGAGAUCGGCCUGGCGACGAUGCUCCUGUGCGUUGUUAUCGUCUUCUUCUUACUGAACUUCCUAGCAUUAUAUACAAAUAUCCUAGAGGCAUUUUACGACAUAAUAAACGACUACUUGGUAAAAAUAUCAAAUUUACUAGUAACAAUAAAUAGUAGUGCUAAUUUCAUAAUUUAUGUGAUAUUCGGCGAGAAGUUCAAACGAAUCUUUCUCCUGUUAUUUUGUAAAGGACGAAUGGCGCGCGACACGCCAGACUUAAUACAUUACGAGAGUUCGAUAUCGAACGGCGACGGUACGGCAAAUCGAUCGUCCGGACGAUUUUCGCGACACGGGACUCAGAGGAGCACGGUGAAUCGGAAUGGGAUCUCGACCAGUGUGCGGGUUACAAAGACAAAGAGGAAUAGGGCACCGUCACCGGGUCCUUGUGUUUACUAUCCGGCCAGGGAAUUGCAAAGGACGACUAUACUGCCGUCGAGCGGGUCUAUCCAUUGCGAUUGGAAUACGAAAAAUGGUCUGAUGACGUCGGGGUUUUAAGAGAGGCGGUUCCUUUUGUGCAAUGUUACUUUGUGUUUCGACAAUCAUUUCGAGUUUGUAGAUACUUGCUUCGGCAGCUAACUCUUUUUGAAACAUUCAAUGGUGGAGAAAUAUGUACAUUUAAAAUCUUAGAGUUCCGUCUAGUCCCAAAUAUUGUUAUCUUGCUGACGAGAAUUCAGUUCAGUGGAAGGAAGGGGAUGGAUUAGAAAGUUACUUCGAAAAACCAAACUGCUUGUGAUAGAAAGUUUAGAAACCAAAUCCUUUGUUGUAAUUACAGAAAAACAUUUAUUCCAUCCGAUUCUGCAACUGUCUUGCAGAACACUAUUUAAAAUUCAAACGAACCAAAUCUGAGUAUUAUAGAAUAUAGCUUCGAAAAGUCAUUCGAUACGCUAAAUAUAACAAACCACAUUUACAGAGAAGUUACUCCUUAGAUAUUUUCAUUGAAAAUGGAUAACUGACGCCAUACUUUUCCAUCUAACCCCAAAAAGCUCUUCAAAAGUACAAGUUUUCCAGUCCAUUACUACAUCGAUUAGUCCUUCAUUUCGCAAAAGACCUUCCUUUAAGAUUAAUCGUUCUAAUCAGGAGCAAAUAGCUGCCACCCGGUACAAGGGUGCAACCAUUAUAGUCAUCAAUAUUGACCUUCCGUAGGAUGUAUCCCUCUCGACCUCAGUUUGGAUUUCGUUUUUAAAAAAAUGAGUCCUUAUACUUUCUCGCAAACUUUUUUUAUCAUUUGCAACUUUAACGUUCCUAUUGCUUCCUACAACAAAUUCAAUUUGUUUGAUUUUGAGAAUUCAUUAUCCUUCCAGAAAUGUUACAACGGCUAAAUUUUUAUACAACUAUUGUAAAACAAUGACGUUACCUAAGGCUAUGUAAAAAGUUCUAUUGUAAAAAGUGAUUUUAACUGAAAUAUACCUAAAUGAAUUAUAGAUAAGAUAAAAGUUGAAAAAUAAAAUAGUAAAUGCCACAAGGCUCUCCUGGUAAUUGAAAAAUGUAUAGCAAUUGGAAAGACGAUUGUUGAAAGGGUUAAAUCGCGAUCGCAACGAACUUAAUGACAGGAAAAGAUAAAAUAUAGGAGAAAUGACUAAAGCAGGAUUCGUAAAGUUAAUAAAGUGAAUGAAAAGAUUUUGUAUAAUAAAUUCUUUUUUGUUUAAUUGAA